AUAUGCGGCGGCCGGUGCAGCGCUCUUCACUCCGCUGUGGAGCAGGAAACAGGCUGGUGCGGCGAGCCGGAGGCUCUGCUGGACUCCGUCCUCGUCUCGGUUCUCCGUGGAUCUGUGCUGGAUCGGCCUCUCGGACGUCUCGCCGCUCAGUGCCGUGUGCUUUGCCAUGAGACUGGCCCCCCUGUGAGGCCCCCCCCCCCGUCUCCACAUGCAGCGCUAUUCUCACUUCGUGGCCCCCAUGGACCCCCAGGUGUGCCCGCCGCCUCUGAACAGCAGCCAGUCGCUCAACAGCUUCCUGGACAAGUCCCCGGCGGCCAGCACCUUCAAACCGGCCCACUCCCGGAACAGCAGCUCGGGCUCCUCCAAACACCUGAAACAGACUGGUAACUGGGAGGUGCUGGACGACCUGCAGACCGCUGAGAUGUGCUCGGUUCCCGGAUCCUCUCUGGACCUCAGCAUCCCUGGAAUCUGUGAAGGCUACCUGAUGAAGAAGAGGAAGUACCCGCUCAAGGGCUGGCACAAGAGAUACUUCCUGCUGGAGAAAGGGAUUCUGAAGUACUCCAAGACCCAGCAGGACAUUCAGAGAGGGAAGCUUCACGGCUCUCUGGACGUCAGCCUGGCCGUCAUGUCCGUGAACAAGAAGUCCAAAGGCAUCGACCUGGACGCCGGGGACAACCUCUACCACCUGAAGGCCAAGAGCCACGACAUCUUCUACAUCUGGCUGACCAAGCUGUGCGCCCACCGCGUCUACAGGAAGAACGAGGCCAUGAGCGUCCACCGCGGCGUGCUGCACGCGCUCUCCCUGGGCCAGAGCACGCUGCCCGCCAUGUCGUCCCUGGCCCCGCCCAACAGAGCCACGCCUCCUCACUACGCCAGCUCAGCGUCGGUGUACAUCCCGGAGAUGGCGAGCCCCGCCCCCGCCGUGAACGCCAAUCCCGGCGUGACCAGCAAGGUGUCGGCCUGGCUGCAGCAGACCCACGACAUCGACGCCACGUCCAACGACCUGGCUCGCUGCCAGGCGGAGCUGACGGAGCUGGCGCAGCUCAUCCAGCGCCUCCAUUGGCUGGAGGGAGGCCUGCCAAUCACAGACACCGACCUAGAGAUGCGCAUCAGCAUGCAGAAUCUCUCUUUGGAAAAGCCCAAGAAGAAGACGGGGAGAGUGCUGGGUCACGCCAGGACCAUGUCCCGUGUCGAGGCCAUGGGAGGAAUGUUCACCUCCAGCCACCUGAGCACCAACAGCUCCGGCCUGGGAGCGUCUGUCCAGUCCAUCCCGGACUUCGUGUACUCUCAGCUGUCCAACCCUCAGGUCACCUCGCCCGAGGCCAAGAAGCUCCACCAGGACAUCUGCACCGUGUCCCAGAGGGUGCACGCCUCGCUGAAGUCCGUGCACGAGGUCCUGACCCUGGAGAGGGAGCGCCUGCGACAGGCCUGGACCGGGCCGGACAUGAGGCAGAACACCUCGCAGCAGCUCGCCACGCUGUGCAGCACGCUGUCCGAGCUUGACAUACAGUCCCAUCUGACCAAAGUCCACUCGCUUUCCCUGUCCUCUGACUCUACUGAGGAAUCCUUCUGCACCGUCCGGCCGGACCAGCGGACGCCGUCCUUGAGCCGUCACAGCCACCGCGCGCCCUCGGUGGCCGACUCCAUGGCGGAGUACUUUGACGCCAGCGAGGUGAUCGUGUGCGAGACUUCGUCGGAGGCCGAGGCGUCGGACGAGUCGGGCCUGAGCGACAUCACCACCACCAGCAACUCGGAGCCUGAGGAGGGCCACUCCACCGCCACCCUGAACUACAGAGCCAGUCUCAGCAACGAGCCCGGUAAACCCAGCCCGGUGCCCACCGAUACAGGUCGUCGCACCGUCCUUCCGGCUCACUCAACGGACAACAGCCACAUCGGCAUCAUGACCAUCCUGUACAACAACAUCGGUAAAGACCUGUCCAGAGUGUCCAUGCCGGUGGCCCUCAACGAGCCGGUGUGUCUGCUGCAGAGGCUCAGCGAGGAGCUGGAGUACACGGAGCUGCUGGACACCGCCAACCACAUCGACAACCCCUUCGAGAGGAUGGUUUACGUGGCUGCGUUCUCCAUCUCCGGCUAUGCCUGGGCGACCUGGAGGUAUCGCUACAAACCCUUCAACCCCGUGCUGGGAGAGACGUACGAGAGUCACAGGGACGACCGAGGUUUCCACUACGUCAGUGAGCAGGUCAGCCACCACCCACCCAUCUCCGCCUGCCAUGCAGAAUCCGAAAACUUCACCUUCUGGCAAGAUCAGAGAUGGAAGAACAAGUUCUGGGGGAAGUCGGUGGAGAUCAUCUCCAGCGGGCAGGUCAACGUUUCCCUCCCCAGGUAUGGAGAUCACUACGAGUGGAACAAGGCCGUGACGUGCAUCCACAACGUGCUGAGUCAGCAGCGCUGGCUGGAGCACUACGGCGAGGUGCUCAUCACCAACAAGAACAGCGACGUCUGCACCUGCAAGAUCACCUUCGUCAAGUCCCGCUACUGGAGCUCAGACAGCAGUAAGAACGAGGUGCAGGGCGUCGUUCUGGACCGGGCCGGACAGGUGGUCCACCGCUUCGGAGGCCUGUGGCACGAAGGCAUCUUCUGUGACACCCUGCCAACGCCGAAGUGCAUCUGGAAGCCCAACGUGCAGCCGGAUGACCACUUCGACUUCUACGGUUUCUCCCGCUACGCCCGGGAACUGAACGAGCUGACGCCAGACCUGAAGGCCGUCCUGCCUCCCACAGACACUCGCUUCAGACCAGAUCAGAGGCUCCUGGAGGAGGGCAAAGUCCUCGAGGCCGAUAAGAGGAAGGACGAGGUGGAGGAGAAGCAGAGAGAGAGGAGGAAGGAGAUGGCAAAGAGAGGGGAGGAGCACGUACCCAGGUUCUUCAGAAAAUCUGUGGACAAUGCUGGAAGAGAGGUGUGGCUCUACAACGGAACGUACUGGAAGCUCCGCAAAGACCCCGGCUUCUCCAAGCUGGAAAACCUGGACCUGUGGUAGGACGUCCGUCCGUCCAGCUGGUCGUCCGUCCAGUCGGCCAUUUGGGGCAGGCCGUCCGGAUCUCUGGUAGACCUUUGAUGGACCGUCGGCAGUCUCCAACCAGCAGGUCCUGAGGACUCACCCGCCUCUCGUACCGGACGGUGGAUGGUUGAUGGGUUACUCGGACAUUAGCAUGCCGCGGUAGCCACGGAGGCGUGGAGCAGCGAGGACUCUGGAAGCACACAUGAACCUCUUCUGGUGCUUCCUGGUGCCAUGUGGGGGUGACGUGCCUCCGUGGAACUCAUGAAGACUGAUGGCGUCUCUCCCGUUACUCGCCUACCUCUGCAUACGAAACUGUAUUCUACUUGAAUUCCACUUUUUGAAGCCUGCCUUUCUUCUUUUCUGUGGUUCUUUAGAAAAUGUUGGGUGUUAAUCAGGUUUAAUGUUCUCUCUGACGCCUGUGUUGAUAUGUAAAGUGUCUGAAAUCUGAACUGUGGGAUAAAUGUCAUGUGACGUCUUUCUUUUGUUGCUGUAACACAUCAGUGUGAGUGUUUUCAUCUCCUGACGGCUGAGAUGAACUGAGAAACGGAGGAAACGGUGAUCUGAGGUCUGCUGGGUGUAUUACGGGUGAACGGGUGUUGUCCUGCUCUCUUCCUCAGCGGGUCUUCUGGUUCGAUUCCCUCCGGUUUGGUACAGUGGGUGUCUGCAGGAUUACUCCUCCCCUCAUUUCUUCCUCGCUGUGUGAUUGGUCAAACAUGAGCUGACGGAGGAAGACUGCAUCUCGGGCGUUUACGCUCUGUUGAUACGAUGAAAUACUUUUUUAAAUUGAUGUUUCAACAAUGGAUUUUAAUGUGGAAAAGAGACUUCUGUUGAAUCCCUGUGAGAUUUGUUUUUUUUUUUCUUUGUGGUUUAGUUUCAAAUAAAAAGGUCCCUUAAUCAGCA